GGCAAAGUGCCGAGAUCAACAAUACGAGGAAGUCAGGUGUGGAUCGCCCGAGUAAUGAAAAUAUGGCCUACAAUCAUUUUACAGUGUUGUAGACCCUGAAGCCUUGGAAGUUGGACACCCUUGAUCUAGUUCAUUCAAAUGUGGUAUAUCGGUAAAGGUGGCAACGCUCGUUAUCUCGUUUUGAGCAAAUCACUUACGUCAUACGGCGCUGUAAUUGAAUUGAAAUAAUGCCCACCCGUUGUGGCUAGGAAAUCCUUGCCCAAUGGCGAGGUCAACAAGUCACGGUCAAACAACGUCAUAGAGUUACGAGUGCGGACCACGACAUUCAGUCAUUUCGUCUCGCCGUGAGAGGAACGUGGUUCCCGCUCCGAUUGGAAUCAGCUGGAGAGACGCGCGGGCGGACAGGUUUGGAGGUUAAGAGGCAACAGUGUAUUUUUGGUGUUUUUAAGUUUAAAAAACCAACCAAAAAAACAAAUAUUUCUACAAUGAGCGCUAAUGUUCUUGUGAUCGGCAGUGGAGGACGGGAACAUGCCAUUUGUUGGAAGCUGUCUCAGUCGCCUGAGGUUCAGACACUGUUUGUUGCUCCUGGAAAUGCUGGCAUUGCUGAAGUAGACAAAGUCCAAUUGGUGAUUGAUUUAAAAGUGAAUGACAAUGAUGCUGUGGUCUCGUGGUGCAAGAGUCAUUGCAUUGACUUGGUGGUGGUUGGCCCUGAAGACCCCUUGGCUCGAGGCAUCGCAGACACUUUGCAGAAGGCCGGGCUCAAUUGCUUUGGUCCUGGAUCCCGUGGUGCUCGCAUUGAGGCUGAUAAAAACUGGGCGAAGAGCUUCAUGCAAAAACAUGACAUUCCAACUGCCCGAUGGAAGGCAUUCACUGAUGCCCAAGCAGCCAAGAAAUUUAUUAGAGAAGCUCCUUUCCGUGCUCUGGUGGUAAAAGCUAGUGGGCUAGCAGCUGGGAAAGGAGUUAUUGUAGCAAACAAUCAAGAAGAGGCUUGUAAAGCUGUGGAUGACAUCCUCUCAAAUAAAUGCUUUGGAGAAGCUGGACAUACUGUGGUUGUGGAGGAACUCUUAGAAGGAGAGGAAGUGUCUGUCCUGGCUUUUACUGAUGGAAAAACUGUUCAACCUAUGCUUCCCUCACAAGACCAUAAACGUCACUUGGAUGGUGAUAAGGGAUUAAACACUGGAGGAAUGGGUGCUUACUGCCCAUGCCAUCUUCUAUCUGACAGUGAACUGGAAUGUGUUACUAAGAAUAUCCUGCAGCGCACAGUGGAUGAACUUGCUAAGGAAAACUGCCCUUUUGUUGGUGUUUUAUAUGCUGGUCUAAUGGUAACCAAAGAAGGCCCAAAGGUUCUGGAGUUUAACUGUCGUUUUGGUGAUCCUGAAACACAAGUUAUUCUACCUUUGCUAAAUACUGAUCUAUAUCACAUAAUGCAGGCUUGCUGUGCUGGAACUCUACAAAAGCUCCAAAUUGAAUGGCAAAAGGAGACAUAUGCGGUUGGUGUGGUUAUGGCCAGUAAAGGUUACCCUCAGUCUUCCAGUAAAGGUGAUGUAAUAACAGGGCUGAAUUUACCAAAAUGCAUCACCUUCCAUAGUGGCACAGCCAUUAAAAAUAAUGCAAUGGUCACAAACGGAGGUCGUGUGCUGAUAGCUGUAGCAUUGGCUAGUGAUCUGGCUAUGGCUGCAGCACAGGCUACGAAAGCAUGUAGCCAAAUCUCUUUCCCAGGUGCUCAAUACCGAAGUGAUAUUGCUCACAAAGGCAUCGCUCGAUCUAUGUUGUAUCAGGGUUUACUCACUUAUAAACAAUCAGGAGUGGAUAUCACAGCAGGAGACGAGUUUGUGAAACGCAUCAAACCCCUAGUUGCACAAACACAUCGUGUAGGUGAAAUAGGAGGAUUGGGUGGUUUUGGAGCUCUCUUUGAUGUUGCUGCCGCAGGUUACCGAGACCCAAUCCUUGUGUCGGGGACUGAUGGCGUUGGAACUAAGUUAAAGAUAGCACAAGAGAUGAAUAUACAUAACACAAUAGGCAUUGACCUUGUGGCCAUGUGUGUAAAUGAUAUCCUGGCUCAUGGAGCAGAGCCAUUAUUUUUCUUGGACUAUUUUGCUAGUGGAGAAACAGCAGAGAUGCCAGGCCUGUAUGCACCAGGAGAUUAUGACUUAGCAGGUUUCACAGUGGGAGCAGUAGAAAAAACAAAAAUGCUUCCACGUACCCAAAAUAUUGUUGCUGGGGAUGUGGUUAUUGGCUUGUCUUCUUCUGGAGUGCACAGCAAUGGAUUUAGUUUAGUUCGUAAAGUUUUAGAAAAAAGAGGGUUGAAAUUCCAUGAUUCUGCUCCAUUUAGUUGCACUGGAAAGUCUUUGGGAGAGGAGUUCCUCACACCAACGAAAAUUUAUGUGAAGAGUCUACUCAAAGUACUUCAGUCAGGACGUGUGAAAGCUCUUGCACAUAUUACUGGUGGAGGGCUUACAGAGAACAUUCCCCGAGGCAUUAGUGAGUCUGAAUUACUGAGAACUUUCAACUGUGGUUUGGGUGUAAUUCUGAUUGUUAGUGCAGAGCAUCAAAGUGAGGUGCUAGCCAAUAUUACAGAAGAUUCGGUAUCUGUAGUUGGUUGUGUGGAGCAAUGUGGAUCUGAAAGAGAUACAUCUCUUGUUGUUGUGGACAACUUUGUGUCAGUGAUGGAAGCUGCAAUGAAGCCAUACGUGCCCUCCCUUGUAAAAUAUCACGUUCCAGAUCGCAAGAGAGUUGGUGUUCUUAUAUCAGGAAGUGGCACAAAUCUUCAGGCUUUAAUUGAUGCUACAAACGAUUUAAAUCAAGGUAUUGGAGCUGAAAUUGUUUUAGUAAUUUCCAACAAAGCUGGUGUUGCUGGCCUUACAAGAGCUGAAAAUGCAAGAAUUCCGACUAAGGUUAUCAAACAUGGUGAUUUCCCCUCACGAUUAGAAUUUGACAUGGCUCUCCACGCAGCUUUAACAAAUGCAAACAUAGAUAUUGUAUGCUUGGCUGGCUUUAUGCGUGUGCUAACUGCAGAAUUUGUUAAGUUGUGGAAAGGACGACUCAUCAAUAUACAUCCCUCUCUACUGCCAUCAUUCAAAGGAACACAUGCCCAUCGUCAAGUUCUAGAGGCUGGAGCGGAUAUAGAUGCAGGAGCUAUCCUUGCUCAAGAAACAGUACCAGUUGAAAUUGGUGACACAGAGGAAAUAUUGCAAGAACGUGUUAAAGUGGCAGAGCAUCGUGUGUUCCCUCAGGCUCUGAAGCUGGUGGCUACUGGUACAGUGCAGUUAAAUCAAGAAGGAAAACUUCCGACACAAGAACCGGAACGGAACACUGAACCAACAACAGAACCAGAACGCAACAGAACAACAAACCAGCAGCAGACAGCAGCUGGUUCACGGUGGGGCGCAAUUAACAUGGCUGAGAAGAGAAAAGGGAAGAAGCGGAAGGAGGAAUUGGUACUGGAUGAACCCGAAAAACCAUCAAAAGAGGAAUAUGCAGUGGCCAAAUGGUUGAAAAAGAAUGUGCCCACAAAGAAAACAAAGUUCCUUAAUCAUAAUGUUGAAUAUUUCACAGCUGUCAAAGCUGUGAACGCUUUAAUGACAUCUCACUGGGCUGAAGCAAAAAAUGGAGAAGAGCCUCUGUUUGCCUCGCGUGUUGCUGUGGUAGAAUUUCUGGAUAAAAUGCUGAGACACAAAUUUUUUCAUCGAGCCAAAAAGAUUCCAGUGUCUGAACAAGAAUUGAAGGCUAAAUUGAAAAAAAAGGAAAAAGAAAGGAAAAAAGAUGGAGAAAAAAUUGAACGUGUGGAGGAUGCAGAUAGUAGUCAUGCUGAAGGAGAGAAACAAAUUGAAGAAAAGGAGAAGAAGAAAAGAAAAAUACGUCUAGAAAUGCAUCUUGAUCAGCUGUUUGUUGAUGGUUUGGAUGCAUAUGUGUGGAUUUAUGAUCCAAUUCCCAUGUACUAUUGGUUUUUUGGAACAUUGCUUGUACUUGGGGCAAUUGCCAUCUGUUUGUUUCCAUUAUGGCCUCCAUCUGUUAGGAAGGGUGUCUAUUACCUGAGUGUGGCUGCAGCAGGAUUCCUCAUCUUUAUUAUUGCAUUAGCUCUAGUUCGGCUUAUCAUAUUUUGUGUGCUCUGGACACUCACCUUUGGUAAACACCACCUGUGGGUUUUCCCCAACCUUACUGAGGAUGUUGGAUUUCUGGCUUCUUUUUGGCCUCUUUAUCAAUAUGAAUAUAAAGGAGACGAUGGAGACAAAAAAGUGUCCAAGAAGAAAAAGAAAGACAAAGACUCUGAUAAUGAAGACGACAAGCACAAUGAUGAUAAGGAAGAUGAUAGCAAGUCAGAAGAUGAACAUGAAAAGAAUGAAGAAAUACCUGAUGAAAAAGAAGAAGAUAAAGAUGAAAAUGUUUCAAAUAAAGAACAAGAAAAUUCUGAAAGCGAAUCAGAGAGCAGUCAGAAGUCUCAGACAGGCAAAGACUUCGAAAUGGUUGAGCGCGAGGAAGUAGAAUCUUAAUGGGCUAUUGGUAAGAUAAAGUAAUCUUUAUGUUAGGAGCAUUCUGUGUCAUUGCUUUAAGAAAUUGCAUUUCUGCAUUGUUUUUAAGAUUUUAGUUUACUUUUUAUAAGAAGGUAUAGAAGAUCGUAGAUAUUGAGCAAACCAUUCACUUAUAUUUGCAGAUUUUCAGAAAAAAAAUUUUGUCCGAAAUUUUUGUAUUCUUGAAUGUGAAAAUGUGUUGUAGAUGUGCAAAAAUAUUUUAUUUGAUUUUCUGAUUAAAUAUCAUUGACAUGUCCUGUCUAAUGGAAUAGCAUGAAUAGGUUCAUAAAUUUAAUGAAAAACAGUAAAAAGAUAAAAUUAAUAAAUGCAACUUUAUUUGAACUUUGCCCAUGAAUUGAGCUACUAUAAGAUCUACUUUGUGACUUCAGAGUGAUUGUUCAUCUCUGUAAUUCAUUGUUAUUUUGCUCUGUACCAGGUUGAACAUCUGGAUAGAUAGCAUCAGAGUUCUGGUCCUGUGUCUAGAAUUUUUCUAGUUCUUUUUUUUUUUUGUUAAUUUUGAGGUUCCACUCAGAAACCAACAUUGAUAUUUUUCUUUGAAUAUUUUGUAUUACAUCUAUAUAUGACAUGGGAACAGUGAUAUACUAGCAUUGAAAACUGCAUAUUGCUUUACUUGAGGCUAUUAUCUGUUAUUUGUCCAUUGAACAGAACAAGGACCAAAGCUGUGACCAGACCAAAGUAUCCCAUCUCCAUGAGAAUUUAAACAAGAUGCUUCCUUUGAAAUGUUAUGAUUAGCCUUAUAUUUUAUUUCAAUCUUAGCCAUUCCAGUUCUUAAUGUAUGUAUUUGUUGUGAUGUACAUAGAGUAACUGUAUGUUUAUAUUUGCACAGAAUUAAUUAAUUGAUUCACUGUGUAUUACACUAGUUUGAACCUUGCCCAACAUGCAGUUUUAAAUAAAAUUUAUCAUUCUCUUACAAAACAGGAUUUGUUUACCAAAAGUUAUUGUAUUAUCAGAAUGUUUUUAUUGGUGCACUGAUGAAAGGGAAAAGAAGACAUGGUUUUGCAAAUGAUGCUGAAAAUUAGAUAACAUUUUAUUACAAAUUGUAAGAUGAUAUAAAUGGUGCUGUUAAUGUAGCAUUAGAAUUGGAACUCUUGGAUCUGUCAAUCCAAAAGAAAAUCUCAUGGUUAUUAUUUUAUUACUUAAUUACAGCCUGGGUUUUAGGGCUGUUACUGUCGUGAAUUGUUAUUCAAGUUCUGUACUAUACAAAUGUAAUAAAUCUUCUGUAAAGAGACAAUUGAGAUUCCAAAGGCAAAUAAUAUAGUGUAUAACCUGUAAAUUCUAAUAAACUGUGUAUCUUAAAGGAGCUGUACUGUGCAAUAUCAAUCCUUAAUGAUUUAAUUGACAUAAAAAUAUAUACUAAUACAAGAAAUAUAUAUUACAUAUGUUCAGGUAUAUUGCAUUGCAUUGUAUUAGUUCCUUCACCAAGAUAUUCGGUUUAGAAAUGACCCUGUAAUGUAUAUACAUUCACCCUAUUUCCCAUUUAUUCUUCAAUUAGUUUCUGAAGUAUUUCUAUAUGUUGCAAAUGUUUAUGAGUACAAAUUAUUGAAUACAGUUUGCAACAUUUGAUUACACAGAGCAGCAUAUGGAUUGAGUUUGACAAGUUGUGCUUUUGCAAAUUGGCUACCAAGAUCUGCAGCAGCUUCGAAGUCUUUCUUAGCUUCAUCAGUAAGACCACCUUUCCAAAAAAUGAGGCCUCUUUGACACAAUGCUUGACAGGCAGAUCUUCCAUGACCACCACUCAAUUCAAUAGCUUUGUUUAAAUCCAUCACAGCAUCUUCAGUUUCUCCUUUCAAACGGUAGACUUGUGCCCUAUUAUUGUAUCCUGAGGCCCUGGUGGGGGCAGCUUCAAUAACUUUUGAAAAUAUUUUCAGAGCAGCAUUAAAAUUCCCCGUUUCUGCCGCUUCUAUACCAUCCCUCUCCAAUGCUUUGAUUGGUAAAAGUGUUUUAUCAUCCUCGUCAUUAUCUGCCAAGUGUAAAAUUCCUUUAUCACUGUUGUCAUCUAAUGGUAAGACUGGAUUGAAAAUAACGUUCAGAACAGCAGCAUCGUGUUCGCUUGACAUUUUUGUUGUCAGUUGUUUCAAGGUUAUCAACUUUAGUCGCUACGUAGACAUUUAUGCUAAUUAGGAAUGUUUCGAAAAGAAAGGGGAAUGAAGUUCUGUACAUACUAGUCGAGACACCCAUCCUAAAGAUUUUACAAAAUGUUCAGGAAUUAAUGGCCACUUUCUUCUAUUGUAAUACGCGCCAUUUAGCUGUCAAAUGUUAAACAAAUUUCUUCUUAACAAAUGGUUACGCAUAGAGGGGUAUUUCUCUCAACAAUUGUUCGCAGCCAAAUAUGAGUGUUUUAACGUGAGGUUUUCUCAUUUGUGAAAACACCAGGCAUGCUAAAAUCAGCAGUAAAAAUCUCUUUCCGUACAAUUCAGAGACGAUUUGAAGGAUUCGCGUAGAGGCACAUGAAAAGGCGCCUUGGAAUAGUUACAGGAAUUAUGAAUUAUAAAGUUGUUAACGAUGAAUGGCGCUAACCAAUAUGAGCUACAAAGUGUGUUGCUACUGUUGCAAUCCUAGUUUCUUUUAAUUUUACUUUGUAACAAGACCCUUUUGAGCUGCUUUCCUUUUCUCUUAGUAAGAAAACUGCUGCAUUCGAGUAUCCAAGAGGCUUUGCUUGCCCUUAAUAUGGCUGCCAGUGAAGACGUUCUUGAGAGUUGGGAAGAUAUCGAAGACAGUGGGGUCUUGGAUAAGAAGUUGCAGCCAUCUGUGCCUCCGCAAGAGGAGUGUGAAAAUAUGCGCAGAGGAACUUCCAAUGGCCCAAUUAUUAUUCAAGAUGAAACUCUUCGUAACCAUUAUGUACCUCCAGAACCUACGGUAAAAAUUCUCAAGCGUCCAAAUAGAAAUCUCCAAGGAAGUGGUGAUGGUCCAUUGUUGAAUGGUGAUGCUAAACCCCGGCAGCCCAUCAAAACUCUUCAGCAACGUGAACAGGAAUAUGCUGAGGCUAGACUGAGAAUUCUUGGAGAAGCAAGAAGCCCAGAAGAACAGGUGCAACUUAAUACUGAUGAUAGGGUAAGCAAAAUUCAGACAAAAAUGGAGGUAUUGCGAGCAUCUGACAUGGCCAAUGUGGUUCGUUUGCCAAAAGGACCAGAUGGUUCAAAAGGGUUUAAUAUACGUAGGUAGUGGCUUCAGUGUUUGCUGCCUCAGCAGUCAGAAGGACAUGAACAAAUGUGGAGUGCAAAGCAACAAAAACUUGGGACUCAGCAGUUGAGCUGUAAUGCUCACUGUAGGUGUGUGGCAUAGGCAUUUGAUUUCUUUGCUGGUGCAUCUACAUUGUUAAUUUAACAAGAACGCUGGACAGUGAUGUGGCAGCAUACUGGGAGGGAGAAGACUGAGACGCCAUUUGCCACAUAUAGUUAUUUGCACAUAUCAAACAAGAUCCCUGUGUUUGAACCAAGAUCAUAAAGUGUACAAUUCAAAUACAAGGUUUAAAAUUUGAAAUUUAGAAUUGGAAAAAUUUGAAAACAUUCUGCUUUAGGUAACAUUACUACUUUGUGUUCCAUGCUAGCAGUUAUCGAAGUUGGCGCCUGGUAUGAAAUUUUUGAAGUAGUACUUCAAUAUGUUCCCAUUCAUGGCUGUGUCAACACCUUGGGUAGAGGAAAUACAACUUGCAAUUUUGGCUUCAAAGUUGAUGGUUACUUUGAAUCCUUGUGAAGUUUGCAUUCUGUAGAACAGUCAUUAUAGAGGGGGAAAUACAGAUAUUAGUGUUGGUAUUAUAUUGUGUUGAUGAAUCAGCAAAAAAAGAUAUAUAUUCUCUAUUAAAUAGUGAUGAGCACACAUUUAAAUGUGCAAUCUGCAAUGAGGAGUUAAACUGUUUAGAGUGUACUCUUGUGCAAAAGAAAAACUUUCUAAUCUUUUUUCUGUGAAAGAUGAAAGAGCUACACAUGGUGGUUGGUGACUCAAUGGUGGGCCCUAUCACAUAAAAGCUUUAUGCUGCUGUGCUUUCCCAGUAUUGUUCUUGACUUUAUAGAACAAACUUCAUUAAAUUAUAUGUUGUGGUGGCCUAUAAUUUCACACUUUGUGGAAUUUUAUUUAAAAACUCAGUUAAAUAGAAGGAAAGAAAACUCUUAUAAAUGUGAGGCAAGUUUUAUUCUUACAAUAGUCAUUAAAAUACUAGGUAGAUGGGAUGUAUGACAUUUGCAGGACAAGAAUUUGAUGAUCAAUUAGUUAAUUUUAUUAGAAAUUAUUUCCACCAGGCUUCAUAAAUCUUGAAAUGUCCAUGUCCAUGAAAUUAAAUUUACUUAAACAAUCUAUCUCUCUAUCGAGAAUUGUAGUUGCUCCAGUACAGAAACUGUUUUGAUACUUCUAGUUCUUAUUUCAAUAUUAAUAAAAUAUACUUGUCAUAUUAUCAAACAUUGCUUAUAAUGGACAGACUUGCCACAUUUAUUUGCCCACAAAGUGCUUAUUUGCCCACUAAUAGGCUGUGAUCAUUUUAUUGGUGUACCAUGGAUGUGCUAGCUUCUGGUUUUUGUGAAUUGUGGUAAGAACACAAGGAUCUGUGCAUGUGCUAUGCCAAGUACCUAUUUCACCUGCGAUGGUAUAUGGACGAUAUUUAGGUAUAGAAGCACUAGCAGCAAGAAUUUGUAAUAGUUAAUAUGAAAUAUUUUAUUAUCAACGUAUUUUUAAAUGUCAUUGUUUUUAGCAGGAUUAUCUGAUAUCCCAAGUCAUACUGUGGUAUCCACAUGAUUGUUUGUGAAUGGGAUGUUUUAUAAUACCUGUGUGUAAUGUAUACUGUUAUAUUGAAAUUCUAAGUGAGCUCUGAAUGAUUUUACUUGAAAGAUAAUUUCCAAACCUUUAAAAAACAAGUGAUUCCUUGUGUUUGCCCAGUGUUGCUUUUGAUCCACUGAAGUGGGUGAGCUUAUAAGCAGCCUACCCUGAGCUUUCUAAUUCAUAUUCUUGGGAUGUUGUGAUGUUUUCUUUUAUUUAUGAAUUAUUUAAUAGAAUGAUGUUAAUAGUUCUUUCUUUCUUCGUAGUUAGAACUUCUUACUGAAUGUGUAUAUUUAUAUAUAUAUAUAUAUAUCUUUAUCUAUAUAUCUACGUUACAUUUUUUAUUUACUAAUGAUUACUGCUUCCUUUUUGUGUGUAUGAAUGUGUAAUAUAUUUACUUAAAAAUAGUCUUGAUCACAACAACUCGGGGGAGGCUUAGACAUGGUCUUCAGUGCCACUUACUGUCAAGAAGAUUUCAAUAUUUGCUGUAUGCUAGUGAUCUAAGAAUUUAAAUUAUAUUUUUUUAUCGACAAUACACUGUACAGUCAAAGUGAUGGUAUUCUUUCACCAUUUUGUAUGUGCGGUUUGCUUCUAUUGUGUUAUUCAAGUAUCCGGAGGAGUAUUGUAUAUAAUAAUGUAAUGACAUUUGUAAAUCCACAUCAAAUACACUUCCAGCAUUAAUGUUGAGCAAACCAAUUAAGUAUGUUUUGAAGUCUAUUGAACGUGAUGUGAUUGUAUAAUUUUUUAAUGAUUACAUGUUUUGGUUACUGAAGUCUUUCUUUGUAACUAUUUGUACCCUUUUCAUGCCUUCCUGAAUUUAAUAAUGAAGUUAAUUGUUAGUAUAUUUCUGAUGCAUUGUAACCCAAACACUUACCAAGGUGUUAGAAACAUUUAAACUUAUGACAUAGUAUGAAGGAAUGCUUUUUUAAUUGGAUCUUUUGUAUCUUACAGCUCAGGUACUUUAGUGGGCUUGAAGGUGCAAAAUGUGUGAAAAGCUUUAAAGUAGUUUGUGAAUAAACUUGUCAUUUCGUACAGAAGAGCUCUGUGAUGUGAUAAGUAUAUGGUGAGUGGAGAAUAGGCAUUUGUAUAUGUAGAUUGUACAUAUUACACUUAACAUGAAAUGUAGAAAACUGAAAGCUGAGGGUUAAAAGACUGCAUUAGAAUUUUGUCAUCGAUGAGUAUUUAUGAGUUGUAUAUUUCUGUUAUGAACUGCACAUGUAGGGAGAGUGAAUUGUCUGGAAGUGUGAUAUACCAUUUAUAACUUCCUUUAAUUACUGGCAACAAAGUUGAAAACUGUUACUUUUCUGUAUCCUUACUAAUUGUCAGUGUUUUACCUAUUUAAUUUGCAAUAGAAACUGAAUACUUUAUACAAUUAGUUUGUUUGUCACAUUGAAUUAUUCAGAAGUUUUAAAACUUUUUGUGGUGUGAAAUAUACAUCUUUGAUUUGUACAUAAAUAUUUAGAAU